CAUAGGGUUAUAGAAGUAGUAGGUUAUAACUUCUCCAGUAUUUGGAGUUGGCUCAAUGAUCUAUUCGGGGCUGAAAUUUUCUCAAUACUUUGAAAGUUCGUCCAAUCCAUUGUGCAAUGACGCUGAGGGGCCCCUACAAAUAGCAGAUGGGCAGAUCGCUCCUUACGUUUCAUCCGCAGUUGGACACUGGUUGAAUCAAAUAUUCGGCGCCGUUUUGGAUCCUAUCCAGCAGGAAGGAAAUCAAUUCCAUCAUCAGUUGAGCGAGCGGUCGUUGUCGGACGAAUGCCAUCGCUCAGAUUUAAUGGAACAACAUUUUGCUGAUCAUCGCUUUACUGGCGUCAUUUCUUAUAGCGUUUUACCCCGGAAACAACUGUGUUCAUCAUCGCUUCCAAGACUUUCACCACCCAGGAAACCAUCACCAACGCCGAAUCAGCCAAAGCUUGGUUCCUAGAGAAAGCCAAAAACGAAUUGGCUGUCGCUAAACGUUUUGUCGCCUUGUCUACGAAUGCCACAAAAGUCCGCGAUUUCGGAAUCAACGAAAAGAAUAUGUUCGCAUUCUGGGAUUGGGUUGGUGGACGUUACUUGUUGUGGUCUGCCAUUGGUUUGUCGAUCGCUUUGAGCAUUAGCUUUGAGAAUUUCGAAAAGUUGCUAGACGGUGCUUAUUUUAUGGAUCAACAUUUCUGCGAAUCUCCAUUGGAACAGAACGUUCCGGUUAUUUUGGUGCUACUCGGAGUGCUGUACAACGAUUUUUAUGGUGCCGAAACACACGCUUUAUUACCCUACGAUCAAUAUCUCCAACAUCGAUUUGCGGCUUAGGCCUACUUCCAGCAGGGUGACAUGGAAUCGAACGGAAAGUAUGUUACCCGAAGUGGACGACGUGUUGAGUAUGCUAUCGGCCCAGUCGUGUGGGGAGAGCCGGGAAUUAACGGACGACAUGCUUUCUACCAAUUGAUUCACCAGGGAACUCGGUUGAUUCCGGCUGAUUUCAUCGUUCUAGCUCAGUCGCUUUACCCGAUCCGCGACAAAAUCCAUCACAAACUCUUGAUGGCUAAUUUCUUGGCCCAGACGGAAGCUCUCAUGAAAGGCAAAUCAUCUGACGAGGCCAAAGCCGAACUUUUGAAAUCCGGAAUGGGCGAAGAUGACGUGCGCAAGAUCUUACCUCACAAAGUCUUCGAAGGCAACCGACCGACCAACUCUAUCGUGGUGCAUAAAGUCACUCCUUUCAUCCUUGGUGCUCUCAUUGCCAUGUACGAGAUGAAAAUCUUUGUCCAAGGAAUUAUUUGGGACAUCAACUCUUUCGAUCAAUGGGGUGUUGAGCUUGGUAAGCAAUUAGCUAAGGCGAUUGAGCCAGAGUUGGAAGGAUCAGGCGAUAUCUCUUCUCACGAUUCGUCUACUAAUGGACUGAUCAACUUCAUCAAGAGCAACGCAUAACUGAUUUCAGAUUGACACGCCACCACUGAAACUCCGUAGAAAAGUCAAUCAGAAGAAUAAUUCAUUUUGUGUAGGAAUAUCGUUCAACUUUCAAUGUUUCC